CUCCACCCAAGUAUCAUGACAUUUAUGAGGAUGGCUCCACUUUGGACUCUUAUUUUAUCUCUCACCUUAAUUCCAGGCCAUGCUGUGAAUUUUCACGGAUCAUCAUUUGUCUCGGUGAAGUCUGGAGAACGUGUGACUCUGAACUGCACAUUUCGUGAUGAACACAAUAAAGACCUUCUUGUUUGGUACAAGCAACAGUUUGGAGAGAUGCCUGUGGAAGUGGGAAAAAUGAUAGCACAUAAAGAUACUGAAAUGUCACUCGAGUUUAGAUCUGGAUUUAAAAUAGAGAACAUCAUGAAUGGUAUUUCUUUAUCAAUUCUACAAACAAAAAAAUCUGACGAAGGACUGUAUUUCUGUGGAAUUUCUUUCUGGAGCAAAGUUGAAUUUUCUAAUGGAACAUUUGUAGCUGUGACAGAUGACAGCACUGUAAAAGUCUCAGUAUCACAGAGCAGUGUGUUGGACUCGGUUCCUGCAGGAGCGUCAGUGACUCUGCAGUGCUCGGUUCUCUCUGAGAGCAGAGCAGCAGAACUCCAAGUGCUCUGGUUCAGAGCUGCUCCACCACAAUCCCAUCCUCAAAUCAUUUACACUCAUCACAACAGCAGCCAUCAGUGUGAGAGCAGCUCUUCUACACACACCUGUGUGUACAACUUCUCCAAGAACAUCCUCAGCCUCAAUGAUACUGGGACUUACUACUGCGCUGUGGCCACGUGUGGGAAGAUCGUUAUUGGGAACGGGACACGAGUACAACUGGCAGACAGACAGAGAGACAGACCUGAUCCUGUAGUGAUCUGCCUGGUUGUGGUGUUGGCAGUGUGUGUCGUGGUGAAUUUUACACAAGCAGUUUUAUACUGUAAAAAGCUAAACUCAGUGAAACGACCACAUGGUUCUUUGAUAGGGACACCACACAUUCAGGAUCAAAAUGCUGUGGAUCUGAAUUAUGCGGCUCUGAGUUUCAACGAGAUGAAAACUAAAAGUGGAAGAACAAACAGAGGACAACCUCAUCAUAGCGUUUAUUCUGAAGUCAUAUUUACUCCUGAUACUUAGAUCACCGUUACUUUAUCCCUAACUUAUAUAACAGAUUAUUGUUUUUUUAAAGCAAUGUUUGACUGAAACUUUUGACCCCCUCGUAAAAUCAAUUGAGAAUGAAAAAUUAUAAACUUAAAUUACAUAUGGGACAGAUCUGACUUGCUUGAAUGAUUAUUAUGAUAUGAAAAAAAUACAUUAUGAUUCAUUCUGCUGUAAUGAUACCUGAAACUACUAUUUUCACCUGAUAGACUGUCCUUUUUUAACCUAGUCCAGGGGUCGGCAACCUCAA